AUGCACCCUGGUUUGUCCCACCAUAUAGAGCCUCCUCUCCUUCUUCACCUGCCCCACUUGCCCCAAUGCAUCCGUCAAAACCUUGACAAGCCCCUGUGGGUCGUUGCCGCUCAGCUCCUUUGCACGCUUCGUGAGGAGUCCAUAGACGUGGAUGAAAGAGAUGCAGACUUCGACAACGAAGAGAUCGCCGGAUACAGCCAGAAAAUACAGCAGAUUAACAGCUACUAUGCCAUAUACUACUACCAGAACACAAGAUCUGAGGCUUCUGGAGAGAGUGUGGCCUGGAGCCAGAGGAGAUCAGACUCAACCACAAGUCAGGAAGACUUUAGUCUCACCCUGCUGGACGCCAGCUUGCCACCCGAGGCCGAGCCAGAACUGCGAAGCUACAUCUCGCGCAGGCUGAGCAAGGGCGCUUUGCUAGGGGGUAUGGGGAACAUUGCCACUGUGGAGCUAAGCAUCCCUGAGCAAGCGGUGGGCUGUUACUGCUGUCUGCUGGAGCAGGAGAAAUCUCCAGAACAGCCUGAUGCCGACGGCAACGGCUGGGUGGUGUGUCUACUCGGAGGAUCAGAGAAGGGCCUAAAUCUAUUUAGAAUUGAGCUGGACAAGUACGUCCAGGGUCUGCAGGGCUGUUUGACUCCAGAGAUGCAGAAUUUGGAGACAGAAGUCAGGCCCUACCUGAACCGCUGGUAUGAAGAGUCAGUUAUGCACAUUCACAAAGUGGUUCAGCUGUUGCAGGCGAACGUCGGUUACCUUCUGCAUGCAGCUUUGAGUCACAAACUUUUCGAGGUCACAGGGGCAGAUGAGAAGACAAAAGCAGAUAUAGCAAGAUUUAUCAAAGCAGCAAGCCUGCAGGGUCUAGUUCAGGAAGACACCCUCUGUAAGGCCAUUUCAGAGGACUCUCACAGCAGUCUGAUCAUCGACUGCUCAACCAGCCCACCUACACUCACCAAUAAAGUCAGUAACCGAUUCUGCAAUGACUGGAUCCAGGCCUUCCUCAAUGCCGCUGAACGCUUUAACCCUUUCCUUCUCCGCCAAAUCCUGGAGAAUUUUAAACUUAAGGCCAUUCAGGACAUGAACAACCUGAAGCGCUUCAUCCGUCAGGCUGAAAUGAGCCACUACGCUCUGUUCCGCUGCUGUCUGUUCCUGCAGAGCUGUGGAAACGGGGACGUGCUGCUGCAGAACGCACGGGCCGAGCACAGCAGCCUUCCUGAGGCCUGUGGAAUCAUAAAAGUGCUGGAGGAGUUCCUCGGGGAGCAUGCGCAGGGCACACUCUACUGACACCACAGUGAUUCAUAAACUCACCUAUCUGAGAGCACCUUGGAAGCAGCUGCCCAGAACUCCAAUUUAACACCCAUAAUCAUAGCAGUGUGGUUUGCAUUUUAAGCAACUUCAACAAACUUGAAUUGAAAACACUUAAGUGUAUCUUUGUGUGUGUAGAGGUUCAACAGCAAAGGUUGAAAAAGAUUGUUUGUGAUGUGCUGCUGUAUGUUGAUUUGGGUGCUUAAAAAUUCUAACCUAAAUAGAUCCUAUAAAAUGGAGCAAUGAAAAAUGCAUGUGUGAUCAAACUUUAUUUAAAUAACUUUUCUCAAUAAUGUGUAUAUAUUAACACAAUACUG